AUGAGCCCUCGCCAGCGUCCUGGCGAGACCAAUAAAGUCAGCGUCGAAGGCCAAACUGCUUGGAGCGUCUACUUCAUCGAUGCUCUUCGCGCGCCUUCUUGUGAGUGGAACGAUCGCUAUGGCACGGUACACAAAAUCAAGACGGAGUUCAACAUUCCAAGCGGCUCGCGGGAUUCUGUCUUGAAAGUCCUCCAAGAGUCCAAGACUGUUGCAACCACGGCGUUGAGUACGACGGCACUGGUGCUCAUUAUGGUGGACUGA